AUACGUUCGGGUGAUGAAAAAUUAAAAAAACAUAUUUAAACUACUUCAUCUCGUUCAACAUACAUUGGGAAAAAUACUCAAAAUGAUAUCUUAAACUGUAUUGGUAAAGUUAUUAAAACACAUGUUGUGGACAACGUUAAAAAGGCUGGUGUAUAUUCGAUAAUGUUUGAUGAAACUACGGAUAUUUCAUGCACCGAGCAACUUAAUUUAGUAUUGAGGUAUGUGAUAAAUAAUGAAUUUCAUGAAGAUUUUGUAACAUUUUUGGAUGCUUACCAAUCUAUUAGACAAGAAGAUAAAUCAAAUUCCGGGGAGUCAAAGCUUACUGGACAUGCUCUUGGACAUAUUGUUAUUGAUGUUUUAACUAAAGAUUUUGGGAUUGACUUAAAAUUAUGUUUUGGAAUUGGUACUGAUGGGUGUAGUGUGAUGAUAUCGCAAGAUUGUGGAGCGGUAACAGAAAUUUUAAAACAGUGUACAAAUGCUGUUCGUUGCCCUUGUUAUAACCAUGCAUUAAACAACUCUUUGGCCCAGUCAUCUAAAAUAGUUUCAGUAAGAAAUACGAUUGGAACAUUAAAAGAAAUAAUUUCAUUUUUUAAUGCUUCAGCAAAAAGACAUUUAGUUUUGAAAAAUAUCCUUGGCAAAACCUUAACUGGUUUGUGCCAGACCAGAUGUAUUGAGAUGCAUGAUGGUAUCUUGCAAUUUAAAUCAGCUCUCCCUAAGAUUGUUGAAGCACUAACUGAAGUAUCAAUGUGGUCAGAAAGAAUAUCAUCUAGCAAAGCUUCAAUUUUGUUGUCAGCCAUAAACAAUAGUGAGUUUAUUAAUAUGUAUAUUAGCUAUGGUUGAUGUACUUAAACUAACAAUGCCAAUAUCACGAUUUUUGCAAUCAACGUCAUUGGACUUAGCAAAUGCUUCUUCAUCAAUAGAUGGGAUAAAAUAAAUUUUAGAGGAAAAACGUAAAAAUUGUGUUUCUGAAUUUAAAGCAAUUUUUUCAAAUGCAAGUGACUUAGCUACAGUUAUUGGAUUUGACUUAAGAAUGCCUAGAAUACUUGGGAAACAAAUAAAUCGUAGCAAUUAUCAAGCGAAAGAUACUGAACAAUAUUAUUUGCGAAGUAUUUACAUACCACUAUUGGACACUGUGAAAACAGAUAUGACUGUUGAACACAAAGUGUAAUCGUUGUUGCAUAAUGUCCAUGGUGCACUUUUGUGCCUAUAAAUAAAGAAAGUCACGAUUACCGGCGAACCCUCCGCCCGACCACAACCUACCAGUCAGUCUUGUCCGACCAACGGUGCCGACGUGCCGUAUUGUGGUUGUGUGUGUCAAAAAAUUGUUAUUGUGCACUUUCUACCGCAACCCGUCUACACAUAAUACUUACCCACAACAUCA